AUGGCUAGGCGGAGCCCCCUGCGUGCCGAUGGGCGGGGGGAGGCCAGAGAACUUGCGCAACAGAAACAGAGCCACAGAAUCAUGGGAGUCGAAACUCAGGUAGCGCGGGGAAGUGAUGGCUCUGAGGCUUCCCCUUCAGGAGGCAGCGCGUGUUUAACACGGGGUUUUUACGUGACUCCUCAGUCUGCCUGCACAAGCUCGAGAGAAGCGGGACUGCUCAUGAAGGAGCUGAGGAAGCACAUGCAGGAGCAGAGGCAGCAGCAAGCAGCAGCAGCAACCCGUGCUGCUGCUGGUGAAGCCCUUAUGUCCGUCAGAGACAAGCUGAGCAAGAAGACAGUAAGACCCUCUACGCUAAAGCUCGUAAGACAUCCUCUCAACGAGGUGACACUUGUGCCAGCAGGAGCAUCAACAGCAACAAAGCUGAAGUCGUCAGCAACGGCAAAAACACCAGAUGAAUUUGCGGGCAGUAACAGCACCAGCAGCAAGAAAGUAGAACUAGUUGAUGUAUCUAUACAAGAUAAGAAUUUGGAGGAGCAGAUAUUGUGCGCCUGCCCAGAUCUCAGAACUCUGCUGCGGCGUGGACUGACUCUCCUGGAAUUUACAGAGGGGCUCGAACAACAGGAACAACAACAGGUGGCGCAGCAGCAGUCGCAGAAGCAUCUUGAGGACCACACGACCUAUCUGUUGGUCCGACGGGGUCUCCCCAAGUUUUUCGAUUUCGAUUGGGAGGCGCUCGCCUGCUUCUUUCUGCAAGCAAUCUCGCAACAGCAGCAGGUAACACAGCAGCAGAAACAUAAACAGCAACAGCAGCUGCAAACACAGCAGCAGCAGACACAGCAGCAGCAACAUACACAGCAACAGCAACAGAAACAGCAACAACAUACAAAGCAGCGACAGAAGCAGCAAAAGCACAACCAACAGCAGCAGCAGCGGCAACAACAAAAACAAGGACAGCAACAAAAGCAACGAGAGUGUAUGGAGCAGCCCAACAUCCAAAUGCCACAGGAAGUAAAGGAGGUGGAGCAGCAGCAGGAGCCCCAAGGGAGACAGAAGGCGAGCCAGCAGGUCCAGAAGCCUGGGCAGCAGCAGCAGCAGCGGGGAUACGGGGGGAAGCAGGUGCAGAGGCAAGCACAAGGGGCUGUCCCCUGCAGUGCAUUAGAUGUUGCCAAUAAAAUGUCUGACAACACGCUGAUCUGGGCGCAUCAAUUAUCAUUGAGUCUCCUGCUUUCUUUCGGUACUCCCAGUGUAAGCGACGAUGCAACCAGCAGCAGCAGCUGUAGCAGUGGGAGCUGUAGCAAAAGUACGACGGCGGGCUCGGUGGAAGUGUGGGCCCUAGAGAAGUUGAAUGGAGAGGCUGCUCAAAUCUCCUUCUGCAGCCAACUCAAAGCAUGGGCGUGCUGCAGCAAGAAUGUGUGCCUUCUUCUUCCUGCUGCUGCUGCUGCUGCGAGCAGCAGUAAGUACACUAUGCCGGGAACAGACGCAGCUCGAGCUGCUGCGUCACAUAUGGGUGCGGAUCUCCUGCAGCAACGGGGAGAGACAGAGCUGCAUCUGCACGAACAGCCGAGCAGUGAGCAGCAGCUGCAGCAGCAGGCUAAGGAGCGACAGGCUGUUGAGUUGCUGCGGCGGCUUGGGGCUGACCGAGUUGUUUCGCAGCCCUUCUUGUUUGAAGAACACAGGCGCCACCCCCGAGAGCAUUAUGCUCUGCGGGUUGCUGCUGCCUGGCAGCAGCAACUGCAGCAGCUUGCACACUCAAAGGAUUUGCGUUUGACAUAUGGGUUUGGCGGAGGCUGUGCACAGGUCGAGGAGCUGCAGCAGCUGCUGCAAAGCCAUACUCUGGUCGGCGAGCUGAUAGAUAGUGAGGAGAAGCAACACAUCGUCCCUCCACCGAAACGACAGCAGCACCAGCACCGGAAGCAGAAGCAGCAGCAACAACAGCAGCAGCUAGGGCGUCAGCAGGAGGAGCGUCAGCAGAGUAAGGAGCAGCAGCAACAGCAGCAGAAGCAGCAGCAAGCGCACGCAGGGCGACUGGCGUUUUUUGCGUUGGUGCCCCAUAAGUUGCAGUCUGAAGGCGUGGGUUUGUGUGAGCCUCCGUGCCUCAGCCCAGGCGUAUCGUUGCCACUGCUUCAGUCUUUCGGUCUCGAGACAGCAACUGUAGUGGCACAGUUGCAGGCUGCGUCUCCUUCCGAGCUGCUGCUGCAGCUGCGUCAACUCGAGCGCCAGAGAGAAGAGUCAUGUGCAGGCGAUACCGAGGGGCUUGUCCUUUACUUCUGUAGGUGCAGCAGCAGCCGUGGCAACAGCAGCAGCAGCAACAACAGCAGUGAUAGCAGCUUUUGUCAGGAGGGGUGCACCGUUGUGGCCCUUGCCAAGGCCAAAACAGCUUCCUACCGAAUGCGCAGAAAGCUACGGGAGAGGCUGAAAUGCUUGAUACGGAGUUGCUGUUUCUGGGAAGCAACGGCAGCCGCGGCUGUUGCAGCAACAGCUGCUUGUCCUGCAGGAAGACCAACAGACAAAGAGGGAGGGGGGUCACAUAAUGUCUCUUGUGCUGUUCUCGAGGCAUUUGCUGCUCCUGCGGGGGUUGAGGAUGCAGAAAAGGCCUCUGGCAGCGGAGUCAAGGGGCAGUUAACUGCAGGCACAGCAGCAGAAAGAGUAGCGGCAGCCAAACUGGCUGCCGCAGAGGCAGCACUCCGUGCCCAGGUGGCCGCGAUCGUUGGGAUGUACUGGUGUAGCGCACUUGAAGGUGAACUGAGCCGUUUUGGCAGUAUGCUCUGGUCUUGUGUGCACCAGGGAUCCUCUUCACUUCUGAUCAGUGAAGUCCUGAGGCUACAGAACCGACAAGCAGCAAAGCAGGUGCUGCCGAAGCAGCUGCAACGGCUGGACUUUGACAGUUUAGUAACGGAGGAGAGCGCUCAUUUCAGGAGGGCGGCAGCAUUUGCAUGCUCUCUCUCUGCCGCGCUGCUGCUGGCGCUGAGGUGCCUCCCAGACCCACAGAACGUGUCUCUGCUCUGGCAGAAACAACAGAGUUCGCACAAGCUGCAGCUGCAGAAAGAGCAGCAGGAACAACUAGGGACGUGCAACUUCGGUGGCGUUCAGCUACAGAAAGACAUAUCUUUUCUGCAGGACCUUAUUCAUGGGCCAGUAAGGCAGGAGAAAUUAAUGUUUUCCGGUUGCCUUUUCCGGUUUCUACUGGGCUAUGUUGACUUGCGCUUCUUAGACUUCAUGGCAGACAGCAGAGCCUUCGCUGCUGUCGCUGGUGCCCCUAAGAGCUGGGUAGCCCCUUCGCGGGAGCUGCUGACGCAACUGCAACGGGUAAACAGCAGCAGCAGGGGCAUACACGGUAGCCUGCCCUUCGAUCUCGUCAGAAUGGCAGACCUGCAGUAUGCUGGCGCCGCAGUUUUGGAGCAACUGCAGGGGAACGACGACAAAUGCUCGAAGGGUCGCACACGGAAACAGGGGAAGCAUCUGCGGCAGCAGCAUCAGCAGCACGUGCAAAUAAACGAGCUACGAAGGACGCUGCAGCCGCUCACCAUAUGCAUCGUGGCUCCUCCUUUGCUGUUGACUGCUGAUCAAUAUCAAGAACUACAACAGGUUUGCCUUGGUCGUGGCUGCCGCUUGCUGCUGCGUCACAGGGCAUGCGCUACUGCUUGCUGUUGUUGCUGUCUUCAUGACUCCAGGAGCUUUUGUGACGUCAGUGCAAAGGCAGCUGCCUCCGCUGUCGCCGCAGAUAACUGUUUUUCCGCGUCGUUGGUUGUAGCGUUAGGCGUCGAUCCGCAUGGCAGCCGUAUGGCCUUAAAGAGGCUUCACCAGCUGCUGGAACAGCAGCAGGUGGAGAACCAGCACUCAGGGGAGCAACGAAGCUGGGACGGCAUAGCUUUAGUCAGCCAGAAUGGUGUCAUUGAAGGGCUGCGGCCCUGUGUUCCAAAGAAGGGAGUGUCCAGCGGUUCCUCGACGAAGGCAAACCGUUUCCUUGCGGCGGAUGCUGCAGUGGGGAAAGCCAUAUUACAAGCAGGGAGCACAGCUAUCGCAGAAGGCAUUCUUGCUCUGGCUUCGAAGUCCUGCAACGCGGAGAAGCUGCAGGCCGCGUGCGGCACCGCCACGGAAACUCAACACGCAACUCAAGACCUUCAGGCGCCUUUGCAGGCUGCGAUUAAUAUUUUGGGCGGCCGCCCUCCCUGCAUUCGGCUUUCGUCUUCGCUCCUGACGACAGAACGUGGUGAGCCGGAAUACGGUAAUUGGCAGCGGGCACUUGAACAAGUUGCUGCUGCAGUUCAGGGUGUGAAGCACACCGCAUCCUACGACUCACAUUCACCAGCACAGAACCGCCCGAAGGCACCUUUAGGACCUUCCCACGCAGCCGCCUCCUCCAGUGGGCACCAGCGUGCAGAGGCAGGCUUCGUUGAUGACCGCUGUAAAGUGAUGGGCACCUUCACCGACGCCGCCUGGCUCUCCCUGGAGCCUUCGCCAGCUGCCUCUGUGGUGGCACUGCUGCCAGUAGGCCUCCCUGGUAGCGGAAAGACGACAGUGGUGCUGGAAGCUCUGCGCCCUGCGCUUAGACAAGAGUUCAUUUCCAGGAACACCUUCUCCGUUGGAGGAGUUACUGGUCUCGUUUUGUGGGAGGGAAGGCCUCCGCUCUCCGCAGGGAGAAUGGACAAGGUACCAACAACAGAAGCAGCUGCAGCAGGAACUGCAAGUGCAACAGUGACGAAGACCACGGCUUCAGUGGCAGCAGCAACAACAACCGCAGCGGCAGGGGUGGCAGCAGCAGUGGCAGCAACGCCAGCGCCGUUGGAGUCUGUCUUCGAUUGUGUUUGCCUUUUAAGUUCUGACGAAUUUACGGGGGAAGCGUUGCGUUCCCUGGGGUACAACGCCCCUACUGGCUCACUCUAUGAGCUGUGUUUUGAGGAAGCAACAAGGGCAGGCCCAGCAGCUAGGGCUCGGCUUAACUCCCCUUAUCGUCAGGGGGACAUUGGCAGCCUUUCCUCUUUGCAUUUGGAUGAGAAGACGAUGAAGGCAGCAAUUGCAGAGGGCAGGGGGAGGUUGAGAACUUCCCUUAAUGACUUUUUCACACACUUGACGGAAACGAUCGUGAAUCGGUUCUUGAACGAACAGCAAAACCAGCAGGAAAUGAAGGACAAGGGAUCUUCUGCCGCGGCAGGUUCUUGGCGUCCCCUGCGCGUUUUUGUUGUGGUGGACAGAAACCAUCCCCCCAACGCCGUGAGCGGCCGAUUUUACGAGGUGGAGAGUUUGCUGCAUGCGCUUCAGUCGACAGUCUUAAUGCGUUGUGGAGCGCGGGUGAAAGUUGCGACUGCAGCGCUGCUGCUGCCUCCUGAUGUGGCUCAAGGCGGAUAUCCGGUGCUCUUGAGGCAGCCCGGCGGAUGCUCCAAGCCACGCAGCAUCACAUGGAACUAUCCUUGGUCCGUCAAAGUUGUUCUACGCUGUAUGUACAGGGUGCUGUGCCGCGGCAACCAUGCGACGCUCGCCGGGGGAAGGCAAUGCCGUUCUACACCAUUGGCGGGGCUCGCUGACAGCUCCUCUGAUUCAGAUGUUGCACAAGAUGUGAAGGCCCUACAUAUAUGUCUCUCAUUCCUUUCUUGCUUCAAAGGAUAUUGCAAUAUCUACGACUUCUUGCGCAUACACCCCAGCGUCACCCACGUUCUGCAGCUCCAAACAGUGCUGCCUAUUCAGCAACAACAGCAGCAAGAGCACUAUCAGCAGGAGAACCAGCAGUUGCAGGAUCAAGAGCAACUUCUUCUCAGAGCCCUUUCCACCCUGAAACCGUUUAGUGAACCGCCAAAGAACGAGUGUGUGUACAUGGCUCUUGCAGCAAGUCUGAGGCAAUACCCCCCAGAGGGUCCAGUAUCUGGCGAGUCUCAGGCGAACCAGCUGGCCAGCGUUCGUCGUUGCGCAAGUGAACUAUUGCAGCGCGUUGAUUCUCUGUUCACUGCGAUGGAGGAGCCAAUGCAAGAGCGCGGCCAGCUGCUACAGCAUCAGCUACAACAGCCACAACACCAGCAACAACAAGGAUACCGACAGGAGCGCCAUCAUCACGAUAUGGUGCCUCUCUGUGGCAGAAUACAGCAACCUCAAGGAUACGUAGACCGCGUGGCACCGAAAAAGGGCCACAUGACGUCGUACAAGGCAGAUACCCCUCCCGUGUUCAACUUAACACUAAAGCUACCUACUUACUUUCGCGUUUUUCUGGGGGCGGAGAAAGAGGCGCUUUCCUCGCUCACUGAACAGCUAAUGGCAGCGGCGCGGAGUUCCGGGGCCACCUCUUUUCCUUCCGUGGCAGACAUCUGCAGGAACCUGAAGCCCGUUGACAGCCCCCACGUAACGACAUUUUUUUUGGGUGGAGGAACGCUGAAGGCGAACCGGGGAGAGAUUGAGGCUGCGAACGAAUGGCUGGACAAACAGUUUUCCUCUGCCUCUAUACACGACUUGUCUUGUAAGGAUCCCACCAGCCAGAGUAAUUCUUCGUAUUCUUCUUUUUCUCCCCGCAUUCUCCUUCUGCACGAGCUGUUGGCGUCGCGGAGACAAAUCAACCUCUAUUUCAAAUUUCAGACGACUCAUCUGCUUCUCACUGAUAUCGGCUUGGCCUGCGCAGCACUAACCCCUCUCUCUCCAGUUCUACCGCUGGCAGAGCCUCCUCCACCCCAGACAUCCUCCGGAAAGACAUCCAUAGGGGGCAGCACUUUUUUAACGGAACCUCUCUCCGGGGAGCCGGUUGGUUGCCUUGCGACUUCGCUGGAGAUCGACGCUGGUGUAGGGAAAUGCGGGCCUUCCUGCGCUGUAUGCGGGCCUCACGAAGUGAACCGGGCACCGUCGGGUUCGCAUCCCUUGUGCAUGGCUGCAAAUCACUAUGCGCAUGUCACCCUUGGCCUUUCUGGAGACGCAACAGCAGUGAUGUCCAACGAUGCGAUAGCAGCGGCAGACAUGGCCAUAUUACAAGGCAUAAGGGAGAAGAAGUUGAGGGCGGACACUCCUAGACCUUUCCGCACGAGCGGCCCACGCAAUAAAGUAGGCGUCCCUGAAGAUGUAGCAAAGUGCCGUGCUGCUAACGAUGCGUACCAAAAUCUAAAUUGUUAUUCAGUAGGAGACAGCGAUGACCCACAAGAGCUCAUCGUUUUCACAGGGGUGCCCAUAAAGGGCAGGCGCUCCCGCUUAUGGGUUUGGUCCUUACCACCCGAGGCACAGGAGGAGCUUGAGGGACCCUUGCAAGCUUGUUAA